AUGGGCGUCGCUAUAAUUUCCGGCGUCCUCGCCAGCCUCCAGGCAAGGCCGCACUUUCACCCCCAUCCCGUGCAUGUCAAAUGGGAAUCCCACACCCCCGGAACGCUCACCCCCCGCGAUCUCGAGGAUGAGGCACUCCCAUCUCGGUUCAUCGCCUGCGUGAGCAGAGAAGAGUCCGUCAAAAAGCUGGCAGCCGUUUGGCCCGCUUCGGACGCGCUCGCCCUUGGCGUGGAAGUGCGCAAGGCGCAGAACGUAAGCGCUGUACAGGAGUCCAAUGUCGUACUGCUCUGUUGCAAGCCCCAGCUGGCACAUACCAUCCUGAACGAGCCAGGGAUGAAGGAGGCCCUGGACGGCAAGCUCCUCAUAAGCAUCCUGGCAGGUGUGACCAUAUCGCAGAUUACGGCAUGGGUCCUCCCUUCCACGAAGGUCAUCCGUGCGAUGCCCAAUACCCCUUGCCGAAUCCGAGAGGGGAUGACCGUGGUCAGCAACCUGCCCCCGUCGCCCUCCCUCGAGCUCGACCACACUAUCAUCACCAACAUAUUCUCGUCGAUUGGCCGGUGCCGAUUUCUAGAUGAGAAGCACUUCGACGCGUGCACGGCAUUGUCUGGCUCCGGGCCCGCGUUCGCGUGCAUCUUCCUGGAAGCGAUGGCGGACGGAGGGGUAAUGAUGGGUCUGCCCCGGGCGGAGGCUCUUGAAUUGGCCGCGCAGACCCUGCAGGGCACAGCGCGCAUGACUCUGCAAGGCAAUACACAUCCAGCCCAGCUGAAGGACGCGGUCACAACCCCAGGUGGAUGUACGAUUGCUGGUUUGCUCGCAAUGGAAGACGGGAGGGUACGAUCAACCAUUGCCCGAGCUAUUCAAGUCGCAACGGAGAAGGCAAGAGAGCUUGGACAGCCGUCAAAAUAA